UUUGUUUAUUUAGAAAUUUUUAUUUCAUAAUUCGAAAUUUAAAAAUAAAACAAAAUUUAAUUGUUUUUUUUUCUAUUUUACUAUAGAAAACACUCAAGAUACAAGACGUGCCGAUUGUGGCAUCGGGAGGAGGCAGUGGUCUACCACCACCAGCCGCACCCGUACAAGAAGAAGAAGAAGAAGAAGGUGUUCGACCAACAUCUCAAUCUGUAUUUAAAGUACGUUUAAUCAAAUAUGAUGAAACAAAGAAAGUACCUGUUAUUAAACAAGUAAAAGAUGUUGUUGAAAAUAUCAAUCUUGUUCAAGCGAAAAAAUUAGUUGAAUCAAUUCCUCAAGUCCUACGCGAUAAUUUAAGUAAAGCAGAUGCCGAAACAAUGAAAGCUAAAAUUGAAGCAGCUGGUGGUAUAUGUGUUAUUGAAUGA